AUGUUGUUUCUUCCCAUUUUUGCACUUCUUGGCACGCCAGUCCUUGGCGAAGACGCCAGAACUUACGAAUAUUCGGACGAUCGUCUCUUUACUGUGGUUUUUUCUGGGUCCAAUGUCGAGGACUUGGCGACUACAACGACCACCAUUGCUAAAGAUUCUUCAACCAGAGUGAGGACUUUUCUCACCUACACGGGUGAAGGGGCCCGCCCUACAGGGGAAGCUUCUUUGAACGAUACGGAUGAGAGCGACCCGGAGCUGGAUGCCGAAGACUUGUACUCGUCUGAUGACGAUGGAAUUUUCAUUGACAUGCACGAGGACGACGAGGCUGGUUCGGCAAGCAGUGAAGCCUCGUCUGGAGCCUCUGCAAGCGACUCCGGAGCCCUGGCUUCUCCACUGGGCUCAGGAACUUCAGCCUCUGGUUCGGGAUCUGAGACAUCGGGUGCUUCAGGAUCUGAGACAUCGGGUGCUUCAGGAUCUGAAACAUCGGGUGCUUCAGGAUCUGAAACAUCAGGGUCAGGAGUCACCGUUUCCAGUUUUGAGACAUCUGGAAACAACGGCGCUGCUCUUAGCAACGGUCUUGGAGCGUUGUUCGCAGCAGUUGCCUUGGCUCUCUUGUGA